GCAUCAGCUGCAGAAGAGUCCGCUCUAUCCGAGCGCCUACAACAGCGACGACGUCAUCCACAUGAACACCAUGCCGGGCAUGGGAAUGGGUGUGGGUGUUACAGUAGGUGACUGCGACAACUACGCACAGCAGCAGCAGCAACAGCAGCAGCAGCAACCCCAAGUGGAGGUCACUCCGACGCAUCAUCGGCUGCAGGUGCGCCGCCAAUCCACGCUGCCAGCUCAGCCCACUCCGGCCAUCUACAUGUCCAUCCCGAACCGCCUGUACAGUCGCUCCCCGGAAAGAUCGCCGGGGGAGCAGCAGCGCUAUCCCGCCUUCAUGCGGCAGACUUCGUUCCCAGCCCCGAGCACCUAUCAUCGCACCAAGCUGCUGCGCACGGGAGCACCUUCAUCGGCGGCGGCAGCACCUCCACCUCUGAACUACGAAUCACAGGCCUCCAGCAUGGCUAGCGAUGAGCAGGAUGUGGGACCCAUGCCCAAGCCCAGGAUGACGCGGCAGGCCACGCUCCCAAAUCCCGAGCAGCAUGUGAAGCUACUGCCCACUCCCGCCAAAGCGUCAGACUUCCCGCAGUUUCGACGUUCUCCGGAGUUUAUGCGUCAGCAGACGCUGCCCAAUCCGGAAGCUUUUAGCAGUGGAAACACCCUAACAGUGCACUCCACGCCGCCGGCGAAAUUCAUGCCCAUCUCGCCCAGGGCCAAGCAGAAUUUCCUCUUCCCCAGCGUUCCGAAUCCCCGACAAUUUCUCUCCCCCCAUGUACCCGCCGUGGGAGGCAGACUGGGCAGUGGAGGCAGUGUGGCCAGCACCGGAGGUCCCAGUGGUGGUGAGCAGUACUCGAGCAGCCAGAGUGUGAACAUCCAUCACUCCCGGGAUCCGCAUGCCAAGAUGAUCAAGGUGCGCAGCCACAGCAACGAGGAGUACUCGAAUACCAAGGCACAUCCGGAGAACAGAAGAUUGCUGCCGGAGAUUCCCACAACUGUGCAGCGACCAGGUGGUCGAUCACCCAGUCGACUGGUGCGACAGGAUUGCCUCAAGGAGGAGCGAACCUUCGGGGAGGCCAAGCAGCUCCAUCAGUUUCCCGAUGUCACCGAGGAGCUGGACAAUCGUCCGGAAUACGUGGAUUACUUUGGUGAUAGUGCCACUAGCUUCUUGGAGUCCGAUGAGGUGCAGUACGAGCGGAACUACAAUGCCGGAUUCAGCAGUGAGCCCAUUAUCUACAACAAUGGAUCGGAUGAUGGUAGCUACCAGAACACCUCCCAGAGACCCAUCUACAGUGCCGAGAAUGUCCUGGCCGAUUCGGGUUACGGAGGAGGUGCCAGCGUGGGUCUGGGAGCCAGUGGCGGUUCGGGUGGUGUGCCCACCUAUUAUCCCGAUAUGGGCACUCCACAGGGCUUUUAUGGAGGAGGUCUGCCCCGCACUCCGCUGAUGCACAAUCGUCUCAGGCGGCGGCAGUCCAGGGAGCUGCAGAUGCAGCAGGAGGAACUGGCCCAGCUCUCACAGGUCUCGGAUGCCAGUGGCAAGGGUUCCGGCAACGAAGGUGCCUCCAGCAGUGGAGGUGCCUCCGAUAGCCUCGGCGAGAGAAGAAAGCCCGAGCAGAUGCGCUCUGUUUCAGAGGAUUCGGGAGCUAAGACCACUCCCAAACCGGUAACACGACGAUCCUUCUCGCAUCCCGAAAAGGACACACAGCCCACGAAGAAAACGGAGAUAUCUAAGAUACCCAGCCCACGACCCUUGGCUGACAUCCUGGACAAAACGAGGGGCACCUCCAAGAUUCCCCAGGCGAGACGACGCAACAGUCGCACGGGAAUCGGAGAGGCUGAGGAGGCCUCAGUCGCCGCCGCCCAGGAGGAGAAUCAGAAUCCGCCGAAUCCCCAGGGGGAUAACCAGGGCCAAGGAUCUGGAGCGGAGCAGCCGGUCAACGGCAAAUCCCUCGAGUCCUCGGCCAACAAGGAGCAGCAACAGCAACAGGGCGAUCCAAACAGCUCGGCGGAGGCCACCCACACCAGCACUUUGGGCGAACAGGAGCUGCAGAAUGCAGUGGAGGCCGCGGCGGUUGUCUUCAAGAAGGUCGUGCUGCAGCGUCGCAAGGAGAAGGAGAAGGCCGCCGAAGAAGGCGUGCAGCAGCAGCAGCUGUCGGUGGUUUCCGGUGAUACCGGUGGAUUAGGAGGGGGCGAUGCCAUGGAAACGUCAUCGUCAUCGGAGCUGGACUUCAGGUGUUCCACUCAACACGGACGCCAGCAGCAGCAGUCGCAGUAUAGCGUUGAAGCCGACGAGUUCAAGUUAGUCUUCCUCAACUCGGAUUCAUCGUCCUCCUGUCACGGCGAAGAAGAGGAAGAGGAGGAGGAUGACACGGAUUCAUCCUGCUCCACGCACCACUGUCACAGCAUAGUGAGCAAUGUGGAGGAUUGCGAUUGGGAUUACUUUGAGCCCUCCAUGAUCUCCACCACCACGACGACAACAACAACGAUGAUUGCUUAUAGCACAGCCCGUGCCACGCCCACUCCGCCGCCGCGUGUGAGGCGUCAGUCCAGCGAUAGUGAUUCUCCGCUGGUCCAGAGACGCACCCAGCCACUGAGGAGCACCUAUUGCCCCAGGAUCAGGGAGAGUGACACGGGAACCGAUGAGGAGUUUGUCCUGAACACCGAGAGUAGUUCCCAGACCAGCUCCGAUCAGACACCACCACCCGUGCCUCCUCCUCCCCAUCCACUGAGUAUGAAGACCCGAAUUAAGACGCGUUUCCUGAAGAAUCACCACCACCACAGUCACAACCGAUGCAGCUGCAAUCCCAACCAGCAACAGCAGCAGCAACCGCAGUAUGUGCCCAUCCCUGUGCCCGUGCCCAUUCCUGUGCCCAUGGCCGCCUAUCCCAAUUGGCCCGAUGCAACCGGUAAUCCCCUCCUGGAACAGGACGAGCAGCUGGCCGCCAGUCUGCAGCAAAUGUGGAAGGCAGCCGGUCACCAGCAACAAUUUGCCGCCAUAGUUGCAGCCUACUCGCAGCAAUUUGCAGCGGCCAGCAGCAACAUGUUUGAUGCAACGCCGCCGGUGACCAGCAAGAGUUACCAACAACUGCCAACGCCGCCGCCCAUGAUGCCGCAGCGCUUGAGAGGAUUGGGCCUGGGUGGAUUUAAGUCCUCGGCCCCAGAGCUGAGUGCCUCGCUGGGAUCGCUGAUGACGCAGUCCCUCUGCUCGACCAUAUCCUCCUCCUCCUCGUCCAGUACCUCGGGCUAUGGCACUGCGGGACGGAGUCUGGAAACGCUGGCCAGUCCCAAGCGAGCUGCCAACUCGAUGCAGCAACAACAGCAGCAACAGCAACAGCAAUACCAGCAACAACAGCAGCAGCAGCAACAAAUGGCCAGCAAUGCUUUCAAGCCAAAGCCAACAAGUUUAGUAGCGUCGCGUUCGCCGACGGGUGAGCAACCAGAAACGAGCAACGCGCGUCGCGGCAGCAGCAGCAGCAACAACAGCGAGAGCGACGACAGCAACACCAAGAGCAGCAGCAGCAACACCAAGAUUAACAGCAACAACAACAACGCAACGCCCACAACGGGUAGAUUGUGUAAUGUUUAUGAUAAAACCGGCACAUUGCCAGUGCCCGCCGUUCAGGCACAUGUUGCCAGUGUAGAUAAGAGCCCAUCAGCAGCAGCAGCGGCAGCAGCAAUAUCAACAGCAACACAAGCGACAUCCACAAAGGGAAGCGCUCUGAGAGUGGCCAGCAAAUACCAGAGCCGAAAUCUAUGCGAAACCCAGCCAGGGGCAACAACACAAACCUACCUGGCCAGUAAAAACAGCCACAAAGAAGUGGAAACGAAUAUACAUAAAAAUCAAGUACCAACAGCAGCAGCAGCAACAACAACAACAGCAACACAAACACAAACAGCAACUAGAGCUGCGGCUCCUGCGGUAAUAACUCGUUUCGGCGGACUUGCAGUCGAAAAUGCUGUUGGAAAUGUGGCUAAAAGUUGCUGUCCCAAUCCCAAUACCAAUCCCAAACCCAGAGCCCAGCACCCCGAGCACAUAGAUCAGCGGUUGGCGGCGGCGGAGAUUGCCAAGAAUUUGUCCUCCAAUCGACUUAUAGAGCACAUCAAAAUGUCCGAUGAGGCAUCGGCAUCGCCUUCGGUUUCGGUUACUGCCCAUCUGCAGAGCGAGAGCUAUGCGGCCAGCAGUCCAGAUGAGGCCAGCAGCAAUAGCAGUCAGGAGGAGGGGGAUCGGGAGGAGAAUCCGGAUCGGAAUCAGGAACAGGAGCAACCUAAACCACGUAAGACCACCCAGAGAAGCUACAAUGUGGCGGAAAUGAUGGAGGAGCAGCAAGAUCCAGUGGUUCUUCCAGAGGAACAGCGCCACCACAGCACCACCAGCAACUCCAGCUCCAGUAGCUCCAGCUCUAAUUCCAGUUCCAGCUCCGAAUCCUGUGACUCGGAUGAUACGGGCACAGUGCGGGAUCGCCGGCCCAAGAGGAGGAGAUUCAACAAGGUGUUCAUAGUGAAUAGACAGCCUGGAGCACGGGUGAGACGCAGUUCCUCAACCGAGGGUGAUUCACUGUCCUCCUCCGAGGCCAAUUUAGAAGACUCAUCCGACAAUGAUACGGAUACCGAGCGCACGGAUUGUGGGAUUGUAUUGAACUAUGUGAAACCGCUAGAGGAGGAGGCCAAGAAAGCGGAGGAGGAGGAGGUGGAUGCGCCGGCUGCACGUGAUUGCCAAUCGAGUGACGAUGAGGAGGAGGAUGAUGAUGAAAGUGAACGCCGUGUUGCCAACUCAAGCGAUGAGCUGGCCAACUGCAUUGUAGUGGUGGGCGGGCAGACGGAUGACGCCUCCGCCGGCGUGGUGCUGCAGCACAUGCGAUCGCUGCCAGACGAGGGGGAUCAUCAGCAAUUAGAGCGCUGCCACAGCCAGGUGAUGGAUUCUAGCGAUGCCCUGGCCGCCUGCGAUGAGCUGCACAGCAUCUCGAACGAUGUCAACCGAUUGCUGGAGCUGCACAAGCAGAAUUCCCAGCUGGAGAUGAAGCUGCAGCGUUUGCGCCAGGGAGUGGCCGAAAUCAAUGAGGAUCUGCAGCUGUCCAAGAGUGAUAAAAGUGCUGAUGGCAAUGGCACUCAUGUGGCUGCCACCCACUCAGGUAGUCCAGGGAAACCCGACGAGUGCAGCCCUUCUCGGAAAAGCCCCUCUAAUGAGCUGGGUCUCACCUGCUGGCCAGAGCAGGUAAACGAAAAAGCAGAGGUAAAGGCAAAUAGCGAUGAGCAGAGUGGCAGAACAGCUGAGCAAACCGAGCACACUGAACAGAGGGUCGGCACAUGCAGUCAAGCAUGCAAAAUAAACGACAACAACAGUGACUACUCGCUGGAUUCACUCUCGGCAACUCCGGCGAGUUUGGGCUGCCCACCUGAGCAGGUAGAAGAGAGCAUUCUGGAAUUGCUACCUGCAAAUGUCGCUCGCGAGCAGCGGCAAUAUCAUCGGUUUGAAGCGAAACCGGAGUCUCUGGAGUCGCCAGUCGAAAAUGAAAUGUUAAACGUUGCGGUUGCUCCACGCUCGGCGCUCCAAGGCGGCAACAACAAUACCACGAACAACAACGAUAAUAGCUAUAAAGAAAACACCAGUAACAACAACAGCGAACUUGGCCAUAAUAAUAAUGACGCUUUCGCAGCACAAAAAAAGACGUGGAAUAGCGGUUCGAGUGACGUAGUGAGUGUGAAUUCAAAUGUGAGUGGUGAAAACGAGUGUGACUACGACAAGAUAUUCGGUAGCCAUCAGCAAAAUACCCCAAGUGCAACAGCAUCAUCAGUUGGAGCAGCAGCAGCAUCAGCAGCAGCAGCAGCAACACCUGACACACCUGCAACAUUGCCCAGCGAACUGGCUUCGCCCAAAAAUUCUCUUUCCGCCAAGUAUCGCAGUUUGGUCAUGAUCACCAAAGACAAUGAAAGUGCAGCUGGCGAUUACGAAAUGGCAAACAGCAGCAGCAGUAACAGCAGCAACAUACACCACAGCAACACCAGCAACAAAGGCCCCACCAGCAGCAACUCUUUUGGCCAGAACUUUGCUGGUGACUCAUUUCGCGCCUUGGAACUCGUGAGCAGCGAUCGCGAAUCGUACAGUGUGGACUCGCUAAACGAUGCGCCCGCUGUGCCCGAGAUCAGUGUGGAGGAUGGUCUGGCGGAUGAUGACUCCUGGGUGGAGGAACUGAGUCAGCGGGGUGAGGAUGAGGACGAGGAGCUUGCCACCACCACGCCCACGGCCACGGAUUCGGAGGAUGCGGAGGGCGAGAGUGAUGGAGGAGCCAGGCGUCAUGGCUAUCUGGACAGGGAGGAGGAGCUGAGGGGCUAUAACAGAUCCGCCAUUGACUUCACCCUGCACACUAUAGUGGAGGAGAGCUGCGAGGAGAGCGAGGUGGCCUCCAUGCGGGCGGACAACGAAGAUGCCGAGCUGGAGGAUGAGGAUCUUGCCGAGAGAAGGAGGCAGCGCACCCUGCAGCACCACCACCGCCUGAGUGCCUCCGAACUGGAGAAGUACUUCUUCUUUGGCCUGGGCGAUGGCCGGGUGAUGAGUUCCAUCGAUACACGCGGGGAUGACACCGCCUCCGAGGUGAGUUCCGAAUGCUCCGAGAGUCUGGACUCCCUGCCGCAUGAGGAUCAGCUAUUGGACACCAGUGGAGCCUCCGAUCUGGCCUCUUCCCGCCUGGAAAAGUACUUCCUCUCCGGCUUCAUGGGUUUUAAUAGCUCAGACAAGCAGGCGGAAAGCGAUGAGAGUGGAGGCAGUGUGGGCAGCGAUAGUGAAGGUCAUCCCAGUCCCAGCCAGCGAAGGAAGCGACUGGUGAGAGCCAGGGGAACGCCCAGGAGUCACAAUUCCUCCCUGGACAAUCUCCUGCUGCCGGAAACGGAUACCCUGGAUGCCACUGUUACAUCCGCAGGAGGAUCAGCUGCCGCCACUGUGGAGGACACAUCCGAAUCGGAGGCGGGCUGUGACGACACUGUGAUCCAUCUGGCCAACGCUGGAGCCUCGGAUGGCUCCUCCUCGGACACCAUCAAGCGCAAGAAGCAGCUGCGCAAGCGCCACGACUCCCUGGACGAAAAGAAGCUGCACGAUCUGGAACCCUCCGAGUGCCGGACACCCACUCCAGGUGGAGGUGGUGGUAGCCAGGUACAGAUGCAAUCCCAGGCCAAGAAGCAGCAGCAACAGCACCACCACAGCCGGGAUAGUGGCUUCGUGGGCAGCAACGAUGAUCUGCUAAAGGCGGCUCCAGAUUGUGAGCCACCGAAGAGUCCAACUCCGGCUCUGGAGCAGAUCAGUGAGGAUCGGGAACCGGCUCAUAGUCAGAUUAGUCUGGCCAAAAUGGAUCUGCCCAGCACUUCGGCAGCAGCUGCGGCUGCCACUCCCCUUACCAGCCAACUGAGGAACCUAACACUGCCUAACUUGGUAAGAAAAGAUAGCUUCAACAACUGGAGUUCCGAUGAGGAGACCAACUUGAUGAUGAGCAAGAUGAGGCAGUUCUUCAAGACUUUGAUUGUAGCCACUGCCAAUGCACAACAGAGUAAGCCCACCACUCCCAAUCAGGGUCAGGUCCAGAGCACCACGCCCAGUUCCCAGCGCAGAUUGGCCAAAUCCCGGCCAGCUCAGUUGGCCUACUUCGAAAACGAGCUAACACGACUGAUGAAAACAGUGCCGGGCAUAAAUGAUGAGCAGGUGCGCGAAAUAGUUGAGUACCUGAGCAGCGAGGACACGUGGUCCGAUUCCUACGACUCCUCGGACUACACGAGCUCUGAUCUGGAGGGCGGUGAGCGAAAGGGUCAACUGAAGGCUCAGAUCUCGGCCAGCUGCCAGCAGAUCAUCAACAAAUUUGAGAUCGACGAGGAAGGCGAUCGCGGAGAUGGUGGCCUCCUGGACGAGAGCCAAAGUGUGCCCAUGGAGGCCUUGGUGUACCAGAAGCUGGUGGCUUCCUUUAGCAAGGUGGCCGCGGGUGGAGAACCCGAGAUAGAAGCUGCCCAGGAGGUGGAGGAGGAGGCGGAGCCCUCAACGGAGAGAUCCCCGCAACUGUUUGCCAAGGUAAUGCAGCACAUCGGCACCCGGCUGGUGGCUCUGAUGCACGAGGUGAGCAGCGGGAACGAGACGCCCACACCAUCGCCGCAAGGACAGCGGCACCAUCGAAGACUGCAGGCCAAGAUAUCGGCCACCACGACGGAGGAUGAGGACGAAGUGGAAGAGCAGCUAAGGGCUAUGCCCAUAAAGCAGCUCAAGCUGCGCAGCAGAUCUCAUGAUCUUCUGCUGGAUGGAAGCACACCCCAUUCGCACAUGCAUCUGCACCAGGCCACCGUGCAUCAUCCAGGGAUUAGUGGAGCAACAGGAGCGGGAGGAGGAGCAGGAUCUGGAGGAGGAUCCUCCGGCAUACCCGGACACUCGGAAACCGCCAGCGAGGAGUGUGGAGUGGCCAGUGACUACGAGCGGUUCUCGUGGCGCGGCAGUUUUGAGUCGGCAUUACUGGCUAAUGGCGACAGCAGAACGAGGCUCAGCCAGCUGAGCCAACUGGACAGGGAUAACUCGUCGUCUGCGUCCGCUUUGGCUGUGGCAAAGCGCCGAUCUGCAGGCGACCUCCUCUUCAGCCAGCACCAGGUGAGCCUCAGCCGCGAGCAGUUGGACCGCGUCCGCUCCUGCGGCAGCAUCGGCGGCGGCGAUGCCCACCACCAUCAGUUGGAGGCGUCGCCGGCCAAGCCGUGGCUCUCCUCGGCGGGCUCCUCACUGGGUGGCGAUUCUACCAAGGAUGUGCGGCGUUCCAGCGUGCCGGAUGCCAUCUACGAGACGGAUUCCAGCGAUGAAGCGGCCUCCAAUCAGUUUGGCGGUGCCAGAUCCACUUUGCCACGGAGUCUCAACUCCGGCCAGGUGGUGGCCAGCACGAACUCGCUGCCCAGACUGCCCACCACCGGAGUGGGUGCACCCAUCACCAGCACGCCCAAGACAAAGUCACAGAGCGCCUUGAAUCACACACCCUCCAACUUGUCCACCGUUUCGGCCACUGGCAGUGCCAAGAGUGCGAGAUACCGCUCGCCAGGAUUGGCUGCCCGAGCGGCUGCUGUCAGUGGAGCGGGAGGAGCUUCUGGCAGUGGAGUGGGGGCCAACAGUGGUUCCACGGGCUCCAAGAAACUGGGCGCGGGCUUCCAGUUCCUCUACUCCAAACGCGAUGCGCGCAAACGUCUCAACAUGUCAGCGGAGGAGGCUAAAGUGGCCGCCGAGGAACUGACUAGAUCGCCGGUGAUUGGCCAAAGGCAGACAGAUGGCACUGGCAGUCCCAUUCAGUCGCGUGCCUCCAGCGAAACGUGGCCCACCCAGUCGGAUGAGGACAUCGAUCGGCUGGUGGCCAUGCACCAGAACCGCAGCAGUCUCAGCUCGCUGGGGGUGCGUUCGGAAUCCAUGGCCAGUGUUUAUUCGGGAGCCGGAGAAGGUCGCUAUGGCACUGUGGUGGUCAAGGGUCAGGUGGAGUUCGCCAUGCAGUACAACUACAAGCUAAGUGCUUUGGAAGUCCAUGUGGUGCGCUGCAAAGACCUGGCUGCCGUGGAUGCCAAACGCAAUCGCAGCGAUCCCUAUGUGAAGGUAUAUCUUCUGCCCGACAAAUCGAAGGCCGGCAAGCGCAAAACCAAAGUCAAGAAGCACACACUGAAUCCCAUCUUCGACGAGACGAUGCGUUUCCACACACCCAUUUCCAGCCUGGAGUCGCGAACUCUAUGGCUCACCGUCUGGCACUCGGAUAUGUUUGGACGAAACGACUUCCUGGGCGAGGUCAGUGUCAAUUUGCAAGGUCGCCUCUUUGACAAUCCCCAGUCGCAGUGGUAUCUACUCCAAGAACGCAGCGAACCCUUCGACGAGGUGGCCACCUACAGAGGUGAUAUUGUGGUGGGCCUGAAAUACAUUCCCCCGGAGAACAUUAAAUCCUCGUUCUUCUCGCGCGGCUCCUCCAUCACAGGCAGCUCUUCAAAUCUACGCAAGUUUGGAGGCAGCAUCAAGUCGGUGACCUCCAAAUCAGAUCGGACUUCCAAGGGCGGCCAGCUGCAUGUGCUGGUCAAGGAGGCCAAGCACCUGAGUCCCAUCAAGGCCAAUGGAACCUGCGAUGCCUUCUGCAAGAGUUAUUUAUUGCCCGAUCGCACGCGGAGCUCCAAGCAAAAGACGCCGGUUGUGAAGCGCACUUUGCAUCCCAGCUGGAACUAUACUUUCGUUUAUGAGGAUGUCUCCCUGGAGGAAUUAUCGGAACGCGCCCUAGAGCUCACCGUCUGGGAUCAUGAUCGUCUGGCCAGCAAUGAGUUUGUUGGCGGCAUACGAUUCUCUUUGGGAACAGGUCGCAGUUAUGGAAGACAAGUAGAAUGGAUGGAUGCCACUGGCAAGGAGCUCUCCCUGUGGCAGAACAUGCUGGAUCGGCCGAACUUCUGGGUGGAGGGCAGCUUGGUGCUGCGUUCCAGUUUGGAUGGCAUUCGAGCCAAUUUGCCAUAGGCCAACAUAUAUUAACUUAUUGUUUAGAACCGAGACAAACCACAAAAUCGCAGUUAGAAUGGCCAAAUGGCCCACUGCAUUGUAUUGUAUUGUAUUAAUUAUGCGAUAAUUAUCAAUUAACGAUCACGUCGACUCUGAGAAGCAUUACUAGCGGUAUAAGAAAAGGAACGAUUGUAACAUUCACAAGUUAGUGUUAAGAGUGUGGAAUGAUGAUUUCUGAAUACUCGAAUAUGGCGAUGACGCUGCAAGUACCGCAGAUACAAAAAAAUAAAAAACAAAGUAAUCAAGGCAGACAUGAGAAACUAAGCAAGAAAAAAAACAAACCUUAUCAAGUUUAUGGCACUAAUUGUAAGCGCAAUUCUCAGCUAUUCGAUGCAGAUAAAAACUAAAAGCAAAACUGUAAAGCAAAACAAACGAUGAGGCCCCAAGGUUGGGCUGCCUAGAUAUUAAGACAAUUUGUAUGUGUGUGUUUUUUUUUCACCUCUCCCCUCUGAGAGGCAUUCGCAAUUGGCAUACUAUAUGCGCUAAACUACGAUAAAACCUACAUAUAAACGUAAAGUUAAAACCUAGUUAAAUCGAGGCAUAAGCUUACUAUGUAUAACUACCCAUAAUAUCCGAAAAAUACAAAUAACAUUUUUGUAAAUUCAA